GGUUGCGAUGUCCUUUUGUGUCCUACAGCCGGAGCGAGGAGCGAGCGCGCAGCCCCAGCCCAUGGCCCGGCCGGUCCCCGGCGCGCGGGGCCACUGAGCCGCCCCGCUCGGACACAGCUAGGACCCCGCCGCCGCCAGCGCUUCCUGCAGCUCCCAGCCCUUGGCUGCGACCAAGGUCAGUGCGAUCGUGAGGAGGAGGAGGAGGAGGAGGAAGAAGCGGGGAGUAUUCUGACGAUCGCGCCCCCCCCCCAAUCCCAGCCCCCUUCUCCAAACCGGCUCCAUGUGACCGGCGCUUUCGUUGUGGGAGGUUGGUUGCCUUGCAGGGAAAGAGAGCGCCCGAUCCAGAAAAUAGGGGGCGGGGGCAGGCAGGGUUCUGGAAGUGGGGGACACACAUACACCACGGUGCCCCCCACUCGGGGGCAGACGCGCGUCGGUAGACGCGCCGGCGCCCCCAAGUGCGCCAGAACUCACUCACAUGCAAAUAGACAUCGGUGUACUACGGGUGUACACACGUCUAUUGCGGUGCCUCUGUUGGUGUGGCAGAGGGCAAAAAUCGUGUGGGGGGGGAGUGGAGAGAUGUGUGGGCACAGAUCAGGGGCAUGAAAGUGCUCGUGUGGAUGUCCCUGUUGACGCUGCCAGGCAGAGUCGUGCUCUUGCAGCAGAGUGCGCAGACCCGGGGACAAGCAGUGUGGGGCAUGGCGCAGCCGGCGGGGGGUGGGGGACAUGAUUUAAGGUCACACAGUGCGGAUAUUGUGUGUUGUGCAGGUGUAGGUGGGUCCCACGUAGGCACCUGUGUAGGCCUGCUUGCCUAGGUGCAAGGGCACGGUCAGAAAAAGAGAAAUGCUUGCGCAUGUACAAGGAGGGCGCACUGAUGUGCUCACAGCCGCACAUGGAGAUGUUGAAGUGUUGAAGCCCAGAUGAGUGGAGAAGUCUCCCUUGUGUGUACAGACACGGUCUGCAUAUACCCUCUGCGGCUGCCAGGAUGGGGAAACCCUUUCGCAGCCAUGUGCAUAGCAAACUCAUGCGCGCCUGGGCACGUGUGAAGGGAGAGGGCUCAGACAUGAGAGUGCCCUGUCUCUUUUGCCCAGCUGGCCUCACCGCUCGGCCACUAGGGGGCACUGCGGCCCGUAGUAAGUGGGGUGUGUGGGGGAGAGUGACAGAAGUGAACUGCAGAAGGGUCAAAGGUCAUGGGCACACAGGCUUUCCACAUGGAGCCCAAGAAAACAUGACCACACAUUGUUCAGCUGCAGGGAGGUGGUGUGCAGAGGUGUCCGGGAGGUUGAGACAGCUGCCCUGAUUUCACAAAGUCUCCUGCUUUAUGGAGUCCUGAGAACGAUCGAAAGUCUGAGGCCGAUGUGGACUUUUCUGAAUGGCUUCUGCUUGCUGGGGGGGGCGGGAUGGGAGAAAGUUGGGCAAUGUCUCCUAGCCCCCUCUCUCUGGCCCAUGCUGCUCCCCUCCUCCUCUUGCAUAAACUCCACUCUUGUCCCCGAUUGGGUAAGGGAUGAUGCACUGAUCCACAGAGGACAAAGGUCCUUUGACUGGCCUGGCAAAAGUGGGGAGGGUAAACCUAUUAAUAGAGACACAGAGGGGGUGUCACUUAGGGGUGCGGGGGCAGAGCGUGCGCUAAGAGGUGUCUUGCGUGCCUGGAGUUAAAGACGCUGUCCUAGGGUGAUUACUGGACUUUCUGUUUCGCUCAGGGCACUGCUCAGAACACACGAAUAAUGCUAGGUAAUGAACCGCAGGUGCUUAAUAUUAGUAAUAUUUUCAUCAAUUUUAUGUGUUUGUUUAUGGAAUCUGUAUCCCGCCCUUCGUCCCAAAGGAGCCCAGGGCGGCAAACAUCAAAAUGUGAAAGCAGUACAAUUUAAAAGUCAUAUUUGCAUUUCAUCCCUGCACUGCAGGCCUAGUUGCUUUGAGGAGGGGUAUUUAAAAACGGCUCUCCCUGGUCACUUUUGCCCCUUCUCCAAACUCAGAAGGGGGAGGGCAGAGAGACACAACAACACCACCUCCCAAUUUGUAGCCAGGACAUCAGUAUGAAAUCUUGGCUGGCUAUGGAAGGAAACCUCAACAAUCCAGUGUCCAGAAGAGGUGGGGGGCAGAGAGCCUUAAGCUAAGGUGUGCAGGAGAUGGGAGGGGGGCACAAUUCGUGUGUGGGAGGGUUAAUCUUUGUUGCAUUGAAGUUGCAGGGGCAGGGAGGGGGGAGAGAAGAGAUGUCAGGUUGCUGAGCCAAGCGGCUAUUCCUGUCCUCUGCGUGUUUACAUUUAACUCUCGAAGCCCCAGAAUGUUGCUGUUCUCCAAAGAGGCGGUCAGGGACAGGACAGGACCGGACCAGAGGCAGCAAGAGUGCACUGCCUUUGAUGCCAUCGCCAGCCCUGCCUGGGUGCCUGAUUGUAUCUCCCUGGAGUGACCUUGAGGCCGCUCCAUUCUUCCGGCGGGAUGCUGGAUCCCAGGCCAGCAGCUGUGGGGUGGACAGUGUGUAGGUUGAUGAGAUAAGACGGGGGAGGCCUACAUAGCAGGGCCUUCAUGGAGUGAGGAACACUCUCCCCCCGCAUUCCCACACAUCGGAUGCUGCCAAAAAGGCAGUAAAUUUUGAAGAGAGUCUCUUGGCCUGUCUGCAUUAAGCCACGGUUGGCCAUCCCAAAAGCUCUUCCUUGCUAUGUCUCCAUUAAUGGAAUUGAAUGUAGAAUUGGGGUAUAUGCUAUCACUUCCUUCAGUGGGGGGCAGCUCCCCAGAUUGAGCAGCGGAACUGGAGGCCCCCUAAACUCAGGUUGAUGAAAUUACAGUGGUACCUCGGGUUAAGUACUUAAUUCAUUCUGGAGGUCCGUACUUAACGUGAAACUGUUCUUAACCUGAAGCACCACUUUAGCUAAUGGGGCCUCGCGCUGCCAGAGCACAAUUUCUGUUCUCAUCCUGAAGCAAAGUUCUUAACCUGAAGCACUAUUUCUGGGUUAGCGGAGUCUGUAACCUGAAGCGUAUGUAACCCGAGGUACCACUGUACUGGGGCUGUUGCCCCUCCCCCCCGCCCUGACUCAGUUCUUCUGAUUGAUUUGUCGUCACAUUCUUCCCCCUAGUUGGCUAACUUGGCCUAGCCCCCCAAAUUCCAUGCUGGUCCCUGGGUUUGUGACGCACAUCCAAGUGACGGCAGGAUUUGGGACGGCACAUUGUGGCUCUCUGCUCUUUGUCACAGCCCGGCCGCUGAAUUCUGUUUGUGAUUGUGGUCCCUUCUGAGUGAGAAACGUAUUAAUCGUCAUUAUUUUAAAGAUCUGCCUUUGAACACCACCUUUAAGCUUUAUCACACUGAAGGGCUCUGUCCAUUUUUUAAGAAAAUGGACUUAACCUGUGCAACUCCGUCAGUUUUUAAGAUGCUCGAUCUACAUGUACACUACACAUUUAAAGCACUCAAUACAGUCAUGACUUUCCCUCAAAGCAUCCUAAGAAUUAAAAGUGCACAGAGUGAUUUAUCAGUCAAUCUUUCUUCCCAGGGAGCUCCAGCCGUUGUAGCUUUUGGGGGGAAACAGGGGUCUCCGGACAACUCUCAGCAUCCUUAACAAACUGCACCUCCCAUAAUUCUGUGGGGGGGGAGCCAUGACUCUUUAAAGUGGCGUCAGUAGUGUUGUGAAUGUGGCCUAGGAAGGGGAAAUAUUUUCCAACAUUCCUUCUGGUUCAGUUUUUUUUUGUAUUUCGUGGCAGCUCUUCUCUGACGCACCCCAUCUGUGUCCUCUUUCCUGCAGCCCUCUCCAGCCAUGUCAUCCCGGGAACGCCGGGCAGAGUUUUUCAUCAAAACGGAGCCGGCCUCCCCAGACAGCCUUGCCCAGCACAGUCCCAGUGGCUCUUCCGACACCAGCGCCAGCGGGGCCCCACAAGAGCUCGAGACCGCUGGGGCGCUGCCUGCCGGGACGGGGGCCUCCCGGCGACGCCAUGAUGACGACCCGGACGAGCCUCCGGGGCGGGGGAAGUACAUGCUGAGCGCCAUGCCCAAGCGGCUGUGCUUGGUGUGCGGGGACGUUGCCUCAGGGUACCACUAUGGCGUGGCCUCCUGCGAAGCCUGCAAGGCCUUCUUCAAGAGGACUAUCCAAGGUAGGCCGCUCCUGCUUGGGCGCUGCAAGAGAAACCUGGGGUUCCCCUAAAGCUGUUAGGGGGGGGAAAUGGGUCUUUGUUUGGGGAAGGGCAGCGAGAGAGCAUCUGCUUUGCAUGCAGAAGGUUUCAAUUCCCGGCAUCUCUGAGUCAGGCUGGGAGUACCCCCUACCAGAAACCCGGGAGAGCAGCUGCCAGUCAGGGUAGACAGUACUGAGGUAGAUGGACCAAUGGACUGACUUGCUAUAAAGCGGUUUCUGAUGUUCCUAAAAAUAAAGAGCCCCUGCUAGAUCAGGUCAUCUGGUCCAGGCAUGGGGAAGCUUUGGACCUCCAGGUGGUGAUGGACUACAACUCCCAUCAGUCCCAGUGAGCAUCGUCAGUGGUCAAGGAUGAUGGGAGUUGUAGUCCGGAAGGCUGCAGUUUCCCCACCCGUGAUCUAGACUCACAUCCUGUUGUUCAAAUGACAGACAGACCUUUCUGAGACGCUUGUUGCCCCUCUGGUAGACUGUCUCUUAAAAGUGAGGUUCUAUUUAGCUAUCACGGUGAACAGAUGUUAACAGGGCUGGUGCCAUGAUGGGGGGUUGGGCUGUGCUGUUCAGGGAUAUUCUAGGUCUCUUUCCUAAAUGUUCAGCUUACUUGGGGAGGGGGUGGAGAAAGAAGUCCCUUUUACUUGUGGAGAUUAAUAAAACUGUAGGAAGUCUGAGUAUGAAUGAACUUUAUUGCGCAUUAUGAAAGGGCUUUGCAAAAGCAAACACCCUCGCUUCUUGCUCACACAUAGUUUUCUCCAUUAACAGAGUUUAAUUGACAUUUACAGCAUCCAGCAUCAGCACAUCACUUCGUUAAAUCAUUAAAAGGGCUCCCAUAACCCCCCUCCUAAAAAAAACCACCACCUUUUGAAUGUAAAUUCCUAGCUGCUGUGGCAAACAGCACCAACCUAUAGGAUGCAUUUUGCCAAGUUGGUCUGUAAGAAGUACUAUAAUUAAAUUGCUGCGAUCAAGUGUGCAGCAGCUGUGAAAAAUGUGAAUUCCAUGUUGGGAAUCCUUAGGAAAUGGUUUGAAAAGGGGGCUGGGGAAAAACACUGCCAAGAUUAUGUCUUUAUGCAAAUUAUGGUGCAGUACGCACUUAAAAUACUGUGUACAGUACUGGCUUCCAUGCCUGAAAAAGGGAUCUUGUAGAGCUGGAAAAGGUUAAGAAAAAGAACUGAACAAGGGGGUGAAGUAACUCCCUUAGAAUCAAAGAAUGGUAAAGUUGGAAGGGACCAACCCCCUGCAAUUCAGGAAUUCUGCCCACAGCCAUCCCUGGGUGGGCUUGUGAGGAAAGGCUCCAGUAUUUGAGGCUUUGGGAGUUUAGAGUAAGCGGGGACUUGGUAGAGGUGCAUAAAAUGUGGCACAGUGUGGAGAGACAAAAGUCUGGGGGAAAGACCAGUGUUUCCCAAACUUGGGCCUGCAGCUGGUUUUGGACUACAAUUCCCAUCAUCCCUGACCACUGGCUCUGCUAGCUAGGGAUCAUGGGAGUUGUAGUGCUGGAGACCCCAGUUUGGGAAACGCUGCUCUAGACUACCUCUGGAAUCAGAGGCAGCCUACUUUUUGAAUACCAGUGGGGAGACUUCUGUUGCUUCCAUGUCCUGCCUGUGGUCUUCCCAUAGGCAUCUGGUUGGCUACCGUGAGAACAGAAUGCUGAGAUUGGACAGGCCUUUGGCCUAAUCGAGCAGAGCUCCUUUCAUGUUAUGAACUUCUUAUUUUGUUCCUGGCUGUUCUUCAGGGAUUCCCCACCAUGUUUGGACACGUUUGCACUGUACACUAAAAGCACUGUGAUACCUCUUUAAACAGACAUGGUUUCCCCCAAAGAAUUCUGGGAGCCUUAGUUUGCUGAGAGUUGUUAGGAGACCCCUAUUCCCCUCGCAAAGCUACAAUUCCCAGAGUUCCCUGGGAAGAGGGAUUGAUUACUUAACAAUCAUCAGAAACGUCUAUUUAUGAGAGGAAUAGGGGCCUCCUCCUAACAAUUCUCAGCACUCUUAAGAAACUACAGCUCCCAGAAUUCUCUAGGGGAAGAUGUGGUUGUUUAGCAUGGUACAAUGCUGCUUUAAAUGUAUGGUAUGAAUGUGGCCUUAGACAGACUCUCUCUCUCUCUGGAUGUCCUAGAAUCAUAGAGUUGGAAGGCACCAUGAGAAUCACUUAGUCCUAUCCCCUGCAAUGCAGGAAUGUUUUGCCCAACAUUGGGCUUGAACCCGACACUGGGCAAAACGUUGAGCAUGAAGCGUCUCAUGCUCUACGACUGAGCCACACACUUUCCCCAAUAGACUUCUCUUCCUCCAUGAACUUACGGAAUUUAAGAAAAGAGCCAUUUCAGCUCAGUGCUGUUGCCUCAUCUUGUGCUGGGGGAAUUCCAUAAGUUAAGUAUGUAUUCCAUGAAGAAAUACUUCCUGAACUUGUGUCAUUCCUGAACCUUUGCACUGAUACAGCUUCCUUGAUCUGUUUUGUAGCACUGGAUAGGGGCUGAUGGAUAAAAGCACAAGAAGGGCCCACAAACAGGCUGUGAAGGCAGUAGCCUCAUAACCAGUAAUUUGAGGUAUACUAUUACUGCACCUGGAGGUUCCACUUGGCGAAUGUGGCAUUUGGAACAUAGGAAGCUACUUUUAUCUCAAGUCAGGCCAUUACUUUAUCUAGCUCAGUAUUAUCCACUGACUGGCAAUGACCCUAAGUUAGUCACGUCCAUUCACAUCAGUGGAUUUCCUCUGUGUAUGACUAACGUGGGCUGCAAACUUUUGUCUUCUUUGAACAGAGGUUUUUAUUUUAUUUAUUUAGGAGCAUUGCUUAAUUUAAAAAAAAAAAAAAACCUCUAAGUGGUGUAUGACUUUAAAGCAUUAAGCAAUAUUAUUAAAACAAAAAUAAAGCAACAACAAUAACCCAGCAACGGUAGAACAGUAGUGUAAAAUGCUUCUAAAAGCAAAUUAAAAACAGAAAUCCAAUGAAAUCAAACAAAACAAAAACCAGGGACAGGAAAGUGUGGGCAAAAGGAGAUGACCUUACAAAACAUCUGAAUUUAAAAUGCCCUAUUAAUUAAUUAAUUAUUAAUGGGCGAGAGACCCCAAAAUACCCCAAAACUCAGAACUCAUGACUGAAGCUUCCACUUAAAAUUCAAACAUCAUUUUGAUAUAAAAAUGCUUUCUUUCAACAAAAUGCAAGAGCCAGUGCUGAUUACUGCUACUACAAUUUAUUACCUGACCUUCACCCUAAGGUCCUAGGGCAGGUUACAACAAUUAAAACAUUAUUAAUAUUGAAAUAUUGCGUGUGUGUAUGUACACACACGCAAUAUUUCAGUAUCACACAGAAAUUAGGUGGGUCCUAAAAAUAUACACCUCAAGUGUCAAAAGUCAGGGUCAAGAAGUACAGUGGUUAGAAUGUUAGACUAGGACUUGGGUGACCAAUGGCUCAAAUCCCCAUUUGGCCAGGAAACUUGCUGGGCGAUCUUGGGCUCAGUCACUUCCUCUCCGCCUAUCCUACCUCACAAGGUUGUUGUGGGAAUUAAAUGAGAAGUGGCAGAACCGUAUAUGCCACACUGAGCUCCUUGGGGGGGAGGGAAGUGGGAUAUAAAUGCAAUAAACAAAUAAUAUUUUUGAGUAAAUGCAUAUAUAUUAUUUAUACUAUAGCUUUUUUAAGCUUUCUGGCCCUUUCUCUUUCUCUCUCAGGCAGCAUUGAAUAUAGCUGUCCGGCCACCAACGAAUGUGAGAUCACAAAGCGGCGCCGGAAAGCCUGCCAGGCCUGCCGUUUCACCAAGUGCCUGCGCGUGGGCAUGCUCAAGGAAGGUACGGUUUUGGGCCUCGGGGCCUAAACCUCGGGCGUGGCGCCAAGGUUGACGGGGCAGGAGGGUGCAUAGCGAAUGUGAAAUGGCUUGUGGGGGGGGAGAGGAAUUGCAGGAGGAAGACCGAGCUCCUAACAGGUUGAAAAUGUUCUGAAUCAGCUUUGGUCUUCUCCAGGGGUACGUCUCGACCGGGUGCGAGGAGGGCGUCAGAAGUACAAGCGCCGGCCUGAGGUGGAGGGUGCCACUUACCCCAGUGCAUUCGUCACCCCACAGAUUGCUACGGCGACCACCAAGAAACCAGGUAAAGGACUGCGGUGCCCCCCUGAACCCCAGACUCUUAUCCAGAGUUUGGGGAUAAAGGGGCCCAGGGCGUGUGACCCAUACAGAAGUGUACUUGGCUAUGUCUCCAUCCUAAAGCCAGAGAACAUUUUUUCAAGCCAGGGGCCACAUUCUCCUCUGGGCGACGUUCCGGGGGCCACGUGCCAGCGGUGAGCAGGUCCAGAAGCAAAAGAGGGCGACUGAAAGAAUAUUUAUUUUGCCUUUGUACCACGGGUUUCUGUACCAUUCUUCCAAGCAAGCAAGAGUUUAAGGAUGCUGUUCAGCUAGGCCAAAACACUUAAGGAGGGUUUGAAGCAGAGCCAGUGAAGAGGUGUGGCCCAAAGAGAGUUCUGAGGGCCAAAUAGAGAGGCUUGGAGGGCCGCAUUUCACUCCUGGGCCUGAGGUUCUAUCCCCACAAGUGUCUCAUAUAGGCUUGGACUCCGGAGUGUUUUAUUGAACCAGAAAAUGCUCUGCCUUUUCCCCCUUGUUGAAGCUGGGCUUCCUUAGUCUCUCCUCCUAACCUUAAGUAGCCACCAAUGGUACCAUUCUCACUGUGGAAUUAUCCCCUUGGAAAGGGCUUCUAAUGUGAGCAACGCUUGUUACCUUGGCAACCUGGCAGGCACAACCCUGGGAGGAAGAAGAAGAGAGCGUAGGCCAGGAUUUAACAGCUACACUUUCGUUUUGUAGAACAUGCCGUAUUGCCCUCUGGGCCUGUACUAUUGAGAGGGGAGGACAUUGCUCAAUUGAAUGUUCCCCUUUGUAAUGUACAUUAAAAAACAGGUGCAUCUGAGAGAAAGCUUAUCUAUUUGUUUAUAUGCCACUUACUGCUAAACAGGCUUCUAAGGAGUUUACAAAUAUAAAUCCCGCUUAUGCUGUCCGCAGAGUCGUCAGUGCUUUAAUGUGUUGUAACUCAUAUGCAAAUUCAAAAGGGAGAGUGGGUAAUUUGACCAGAACAUCACUACUGCAUACUUUGUUGAAGUUCGUUAUCGUUGAUUGUUGUAACAAAAAAUACUAAAAGCAAAAACCACCAGUUUUUCCAGGAUCCCUAAUAGGCUAACUUCCCACAAGCAGGGAAGAAGUUGCUGUUCUAUCUUUGGGGAGCGUUCAGACAUGUGUUUUACCCACAAACACGUACACACACAUGUGUGAUGCAUUCUGGAGUGCCAUAGUUCCAGGAGGAUUGUGUCAUCUUGAUUUUUCUUGUGCUUAAAGUGGCUCUUAGGCUGGCAGGUACAGCUAUGAUUGAUGGCAAAAUGAGAAAAGAUGAGAGAGAGAAAUGGGCCCUGGCCUCCUUUGGCCCACUUCCCUGAUUAGAUCAAGGCUGAGGAACGUGUGGCCCUCUGGACUCUAUUGGACUCCAACUCCCAUCAGUCCCAGCCAGCAUCAUCGAUGAUCAAGGAUCAUGGGAGUUGUAGUCCAGCAGCUUCUGAUGGGCUCACUGGCUCCCUGUCCCUGGCCUAAUUGCGAACCAGCAUUACCUGAAUUUGGGGAUACUUCCCCCAAGCAAAGAAAGGGAGAUUUGUGAAUCUGGAGUGUACAGCUUACUCCUGACACUUCUCUUUCUUUCAUCUUUGAUCCUCAACAUCCUUUCUUCCACCCCUGCUCCCUGCAGCUCCAAUGAACACAAUGGUGUCGCACUUGCUGGUGGCGGAGCCUGAGAAGCUGUACGCCAUGCCCGACCCUGCACUUCCUGACAGUCCCGCCAAAGCAGCGAGCACUUUGUGCGAUCUGGCUGACCGGGAGAUCGUGGUCAUCAUCGGCUGGGCCAAAAACAUACCAGGUGAGAGAAAAGGGUUGGCUUGCACAGAUAUUACCUUGCCACUGUCCAAAGACCCACAACGACUUCUGGUCCAUUGCUGAGAUUGGCACAAGGCUCAGGAAUACUCCGUUGGGAUCCAGAGUUGGUGAUGGUGCGUGGGGCACCUCAUUGCUUUCUCUCUUUCUGCCAUCCACUCUCUCCCGGCAACUCCUAGCUACGUGUUAAAGCAUCCAUGACAGAUGGCCAUCCAACCUCUGUCUAGAAACCUCCUAUGAAGGAGAGCCCAUCACUUUCUGAAAAAGACUGUUCCACUGUCAAAUAGCUCUUGCCGUCAGAAAAUUCUUCCCGGUGUCUGGUUGGAAAAUCCUUUAUUCUAGCUCGAAGCCAUUUUUUGGAGUCCUCCCCUCUGGAGCAGGAGAAGACAAGUUUGCUCCACCUUCCAUGUGACAACCCUUUAAAUACUUGAAGAUGGCUAUCCUAUCUCCCCUCACUCUCCUCUUAUCCAGGCUGACCAUACCCAGCUCUCAACCGUUCCUAAUAAGACUUUGCUUCCAAACACUGGAUCAUCUUGGUUGCCCUCCUUUGCACAGCUUGUUAGAAUCCUUCUUAAAUUGUGCCCAAAACUGGACACAGUGCUCUAGGUGUGGUCUGAUCAAGGCAAAAUAGUACCACUCUAUUCAUAGAUUCAUAGAAUUGUAGAGUUGGGAGGGAUCUAUUGCUUCUCUUGAUAUGAAAGCUACAUUUCUGUUGAUGCAGACUGGAAUAGCAUUAGCUUUUUUGCUGCUACAUCACACUGUUGACUUGUGUUAAGCUUAUGGUCUACUAAGACCCUUAGAUCCUUUUCACAUGUACUACUAGCAAGCCAGGUGUCCCCCAUCUUAUAUUUGUGCUGCUGGUUCUUCUUGCCUGAGUGUAGAACCUGAUAUUUGUCUCUUUUGAGAUUCAUUUUGUUAGUUUUGGCCCAGUUCUCUAGUCUAAGGUCAUCUUGAAUCACGAUUCUUUCACCUACCCUUCCCAAUUUGGUGUCAUUUGCAAAUUUGAUGAGCUUCCCCACAAUUCCUUCAUCCAAGUCAUUUAUAAAGAUGUUGAACAACAAUGGGUCCAGGACAGAACCCUGCAGGACCCCGCUUGUCACUUUUCCCCAGGAUGAUGAGGAACCAUUAAUGAGUACUCUUUGGGUUCAGUCAGUCAACCGGCUACAAAUCCACCUGACAGAAACCUCAUCCAAAAAAAGCAAUGAAUCAUUUCUAAGCACCCACACUUGGUUGCUUGGAAUCAAUUUCUGCUCGCCACAGGCCACCCUGCAAACAGCUGGUUAGUUGUGAAUUAAUCCCUCUUCAUCCUUUUCUUUUCUGUUCUGUCCUUCCUGGCUCAGGAUUUCCGGCGCUGUCCUUGGCGGACCAGAUGUCUGUACUGCAGAGCGUGUGGCUGGAGGUCUUGCUGCUGGGGGUGGCCUGGCGUUCGUUGCCCUGCGAGGACGAAAUCGUCUUCGCGGAGGACUUUGCUCUGGACGAGGAGGCGGCAAGGGCGGCGGGGCUACUGGAGCUCAGUGGGGUGGUCCUGCAGCUUGUGCGCAAGUACCGGGCCCUGCGCCUGGAGCGAGAGGAAUAUGUGCUUCUCAAGGCCUUGGCGCUUGCCAACUCAGGUGAGUCCCUUUCACAGGCAGAGAGAUGCCAGGCGCGUGAGGUGGGGGCUUUCCCCACAAUGUUUAUUGUUUCCUUUAUAUCCUACCUUUCCUCCAGGGUAGCAUACAUUGCUCUGCCCAGAUUCUCCAUAUUCUCCUCACAACAACCCUGUGAGGUGGGUAUGUGACUAGCCCAAAGUCUAAAGCCCUAAAAGGCCUCUGCCCAGUAUACCUGAAGGAGCAUGUCCCCUCCCCCCCCACUGAGGUCCAGCUCCGAGGGCCUUGUGGCAGAUCCCUCACUGCAAGAAGUGAGGUUACAGGGAACCAGGCAGAGGGCCUUCUUGGUAGUGGCGCCCGCCCCGUGGAACGCCCCCCCCCCAUCAGAUGUCAAGGAAAUAAACAACUACACAACUUUCAGAAGACAUCUGAAGUCAGCCCUGUUUAUGGAAGUUUUUAAUGUUAGAUGUUUUAUAGUUUUUAAUAUUCUGUUGGGAUUCACACAGAAUGGCUGGGGAAACCCAGCCAGGUGGGCAUUGUAUAAUAAUAGUAUUAUUAUUAUUAUUAUUAUUAUUAGAGCCCCACCCAUCUGACUGGGUUUCCUGAGUCAUUCUGGGUGACUUUCAGCAUAUACAGAAACAUAAUGAAACAUCAAACAUUAUAAACAUCCCUAUACAGGUUUAAAAAGUGUCCCUCAGAAAUCUCAGUGCAUGAUUCAACAUGGCCAGGCUGCCCCUGUCCAAGAGAGGCGAAAGGAGGAAGAUUACCAGGAAGAAUGGACGAAAUUUAAAGAUUAUUUAGUUAAAUUUGUUAAGUUUAAUUAAUUGGAAAAGCUUGCAAAUACCAGAUAGGCUUAGGAUUUAAAUAUGCAGUGUGAUGAAUUAAUAUGUUUAAUGCCGAAUUGGAGAGAAAAGAAGAUUUUAAGUGAUCAGGUUAAUUUUAUAAAAAUAUUGGUUUUGGAAAACCGUUAAUAAUUAUAUACACUGAAAUUCAACCAGGGGGAUAUGAGGAAGUCACUUAACAAUAUUACUAAGUAGGUUUAAAUAUGGUUGAGAUUUAUGUUUGUUUGUUUGUUUAAAAUUUUUGGAAAAUCAAUAAGAUUUUUGAAAAAACAAAAAAACAAGAGUGGCAAAAGGCACUCCCGGCUACUGAAGCUGCCGUAGUCUCUCCCAUCAAGCUAGGGGGUCCUAAUCGCUGCUGUGUGCAUCUAUUUCCCACCCUUCCUGUUUCCUCCAGACUCGGUACAUAUUGAGGACAUGGCAGCCGUGCAGCGGCUCCGGGACGUGCUACACGAGGCCCUGCUGGAAUACGAAGCGUCGAGGCGCCCCGAGGAGCCCCGCCGGGCCGGCCGCCUCCUCCUCACGCUGCCCCUCCUCCGCCAGACAGCCACCCGCGUCCUCCACCACUUCUACAGCCUCAAACUGGAGGGCAAGGUCCCCAUGCAUAAGCUUUUCCUGGAGAUGCUGGAAGCAAUGAUGGACUGAAGGAGGAGGCCGGGAGGGGAGGGCAGGGGACAGGAUUUGGGGAGGGGAGCAAAGUACAAACUGACUGGUUAUGGGGGAUUGUUGGGGGGGGGCGCGCGUGCAGAAAUGGAACGGGGCUUGGGUUUUCCCCUCCCACACAAUCCCCCCCCUCCCAGAACCGCCGCUCAUCUGCCUCAUGUUAAAAAAAUGCAUUUCAAUGUAUGCAAAUGUGAUAGCUGCCCAUUGCUUUGCACUGAGGCUGACUUUUUUUCUUUUCUGAAGAGAACAGACCCCAUGGGGGAGGCAGAGAAGUUUUUUUUAAAAAAAAACACAAACCACCAGCCCUUCUGGACGUCAGAGGCUGGGCUGCCGCAACAUGGGGCAGGGAGAAAGGGAGACAAGAGAAAGUUUUGACAUUCACACUGGAAGCCAUACUUUAAUUUUUAAUUUAUUAACUUGGGGAAGGGCAGGGGGUGGGUGUUAGCCACUGUAGCUCUGCUAGCCUGGAAGCCAUAUUGCAUUUGCGAGGCAUGGAGGAGGGAGAGGAAGGGUGGUUGUUGGGGAGGGUUGUGUGUGUGUGUGCAUGUCUGUGUGUGUGUUGGGGGGGUGGGGUUGAAUGGUUUGUUCUUGCCCCAGGAUGCAGCUACAGGAUAGCACGGGAUGGAGAGCAGAGACAGCAGGUUCACGACCUCUUUCCUACACCACUCAAACGCCAUCUUGGUUUUGCCACUGGGCUGGGCCCAGCCAAAUGCACCUUAAUGAGGGUGAGAGUGUCGAAACCGUAGAUCCACAGCUCUCCAAAAAUAAGGAGGGAGAGAGAUUUGUGGAGGGGAAGGAAGACCCACAACACUUUUCUUUUCUUUUUGACCUUUCUGCCUCCUUAGUACCGAGUCUCUUCAUUAGGGUGUCUCUCAGGGGACAAUAGUCCGCCCCCCGUUUCUCUUUCCCUCACAAAGGCCCACCCUCCCUCUGGGAAUGUUGCAUUAUCACUUAUAAGCAAUAAUAAUAAUAUUAAUAAUAAUAAUAAUUUAAAAACUUGGGGGAGGGUCCCCAUGAUGCAGGGGGGAGAGGAGGUUGUGUCUUACGUCGUUUCUGCUUUGCAUGGAGUCUGCCUUAAAAAAAGUGGGGAAAGGGGUGUGUUUGAGUGUGCGGCUGCAGUGGUGGGAGUCCAGCCCCCCCCCUCCCCGCUCCUCCUCUGCAGAAGGGAAAAGGCAGGGCCUUUCACGCUCCAUCCAAAGUUCUUUCACUUAAUUCCCUUGUAGCAAUAGUUAAAAAGGCAAUUUGUGCUUUUUUUUUCAGGUGUGAUUUCAUAUCAACCCCGCUCCCACAACUCCCCUCACACUACGAGGCUACGCAGCUAGUUCCUCCCUGCGCCCCCAUUAAGCCAACCCCAUCUUACACCCAAAGCAAUAAAUAAAACCUCUUCCCCGCCUCUCCUUAAUUCCCUUUUGACCCGCCAAACCAGGGGGGUGGGGAAGCUACGUUGGCCCACCAGCUGUUGGGACUAGAACUCCCAUGGGCCACGCUGGCUGCAGGGGCUGAUGGGAGUUGGAGUCCAACAACGACGCUUGCCGUGGCCUGCAGCUUCCCUGUUCCUGCUCUAACUUAAACCAAGGAGGGAGGCUGCAUGGCCUGUAGCUGAGAGCCGUGUACAUAGCAAUAUAUUUUACUGUAUAUUUGUUGCAGGAAAAAGAAAUCUACCCCAUUUCUGGCUCGCUUCUUUCCCCCCACCUACACACGGAAGGGAGGUGGGGCUGCAGCCUCCCUUGCCCUGGUUGCGGGGGGGAGGGGAGAGGAGAAGCUGGAGACUUUUUUUUUUGUAUUAAAUUAUGUGUGUGUACAUAUUAUAAAUACCUCUGAUUUGUGUAUAGGCGGCUACACAUACACAUUCAUAGAGAGCUCUAUUACUGAACAAAUUAAAAAAGGCCAUUGCGGCCUGACAGUCAA